GGGCGCUAUGCGUAUUUAGCUUUCUGCUUAUAUGUUGGCUUUGGAGGUGAAAUGGCAAGUUUUGAGGCAUAAUAUACGUCAAAAGAUAAAAAUAAAAUGAAUAUAGCUGAUAAUUUGGGUGUGUCACCUGCCGAUAUACCACCAGAAUCAUUAAUAAAGGUUAAUGUAAAGGUUCAGUGUCAUGUAUCAAGUAAUGAAACAGUCUGUAUUACAGGAAAUAUAAAAGAAUUAGGUAAAUGGAAAGUAAAAAAUUGUAUUACUAUGAUAGAAGACCCUGAACAGAGUGGAACAUGGAAUGCAACAAUUCUUGUAGCUCCUCAUCGUAAAGUAUAUUUCCGAUAUUUUGUGGCUAUUAUUUUAAAAUCUGAUGAUGGAAGGAAAAUCUUCAUUAGGAACUGGGAAUCUCAUUUACAUCCUCGGAAAUUAAAUAUUGAAAAUAAUGAACUUCAUAUAUUUGGAAUGCAUAAUGAUGGAAAUAUAAAGAUUGAUCAAGGAUGGCUAACAGAGCAAACUGUAUUACAAUUUCAAUUAUAUAAUAAGCCAAUUACUAUAUGGGAAAACCAAUAUAGGAGAAAGCCAAUAUUUUUUCAUUUGAGUGCAUUAGAUAAGUCCACAAGUAGUAUCAAUUUUGUAUAA